GCCGGUAGCAGCGGCUGGAGCUGAACUGUCAUGGCUGCCCACAGUAACAAUUUCAUCCGCGUGCGCUUACACUUUGAUUAUGCGCCACCGGCUGCUGUUUGCAGCCGCAUGUGCUGGCUGCUCGUGGACCUAAAUAUGUGCCGCGUGGUGUCGGAUUUAGAGAGUUUGAUCCGGCAGAAGUUUGAGCUGAGCCGCAGGAGCAUCCUCUGCCUGUUCGUGGAAGACUGUUACCUGCCGCACACCGAGAGUAUCUACGUGGUCCGGGACAAUGACUGCGUCAGGGUGAAGGUGGACAGUGUUCCCCAGUUAACAGGACACAGCCCAUCACCAGGGUCAUUAAAGGAAAAUGGCAGAAAGAGACGGAGACCCGAAGCAGAGGAUGAAAAUGAAGAAGAGAAAAGAAAAACUGAGGUGGAAAAUGGUUUUGAAUUGAAGAAAAAGAAGAGGAAAAAACAUAAGGAGAGCCCCAAGAAGGAUGGAGAGCAGCAGGCAUUAAGUGAGGAGGAGGAGAAGAAGAAGAAGAAGCACAAAGAGAAGAAGAAAAAGAAAGAACCAGAGGAAACGGCCUCUGCUGCUCCCUCAGCACCAGCUCUAACAGCCAAAAAAACCCCAGUUGAGGAGCGAAGUAAAAGCAUUAAAAAGCCUCCAGUGACGCAGCUGAGGAAACAGAAUGUCUCCUCCUCUGAAUCCAGCAGCAGCAGUGAGGAGGAUGUACCUCCCAAAAAAACACUUACCCUAAAACCACCUACAAAGACCCCUGCUGCUCCAUCAAAACCACCUCUAACAGCCAAAAAAACCCCAGUCAAUGUUGCAGAGCAAAGUAAAAGCAUUAAAAAGCCUCCAGUGACACAGCUGAGGAAACAGAAUGUCUCCUCUUCUGAAUCCAGCAGCAGCAGUGAGGAGGAUGUACCUCCCAAAAAAACACCUACCCCAAAACCACCAGCAAAAACCCCUGAUGUCUCCAAGAAGCCUCCAAACAGCAACCCCACUGCUAAAAAAGCUCCCCCUUUGUCAUCAUCCUCUUCGGACUCAGACUCUUCCUCCAAUGAGGCUGUCAGCAACAAAAAAACACCAAUAAAUACACCGUUAACUGCUGCGGUGGCAAAUGGGGAAAUAAACAUGAGCUUUCAAUCCACAACCUGUGUUCAGGAUCCGGCUGCUCUGCCUCCAGACUCAAACAGUGAGGAGGAAAUCAACCUGGUCAUCCGCCGUCCUGUACAGCAGCUGGGUGGUGGUGGUGCAGGUGGGCUGCCACCGUGGCAAGGCCGAGGGAGGGGAAAAGCCAGGCAGGGGCGGGGUCGAGGAGGGGCCUUCAGAGGGUGUGGCUUUGAGUUCAGCUACUGUGGAGACGAUGGUCAGUCAUUCAGCGGUGAUUCUCAGACCAACGUAUCGGUGGUCCUUCAGAAUGGUGAACAGACUGCCCCUAAACGGGACUACAGCUCCAUGCCGCUGCUUGCCGCCCCCCCACAGGUGGGACAGAAUAUUGCAUUCAUGCUGCUGGAGCUGACUGAGAACUACACACCUGAGGUUUCAGAAUAUAAAGAGGCAAAGAUUGUAAGUUUUGACCCAACCACCAAACAAAUUGAACUGGAACUCCUAAGCGCCUCUCCCGCUCCUGUAGAGCCUGGAAAGUUUGACCUAGUUUAUCAAAACCCUGAUGGUUCAGAGAGAGUGGAGUAUGCUGUGGCCAGAAGCUCCCGGGUAACGGAGCGUUGGGACGCCCUCCUCGAACCAAGACUCAUCAUUUAAAACGGACGCAACGGUUGCAUCACUCUUACACAACUACAUCACAUGGAAAGUGACUACAAAGUUGGAAAGAUGAGCUGCAGCUUUACAUUGUGUGGGUUGUAUUUAUAAUGAAUAUUGAGAUGCUUUUUUUUUUUUUUUUUAAUGUAAGUUGAAUGGUUUCCAGUAUGAAAAGAUAAUGGUUUUAUUUUUUGUACAGAGAUAUGACUGUAAUUCUAUUCUGUAAAAAUACUUUUUCUAAUAAAAUACUUAGCCCUUGGCUUUGACU